AUGGUAUGUCCCGGACACUAUGGUCAGGACCCCCCAUUAUACAUUAUGAGGAGGAGUUUGGCCCCCAGCCAGCUGGCGAAGAGGAGCCGGGACCCAUCUGAUGAUGAUGAUAGACGACGACGAGUGGGCGUGAAGAGUCGGAAUCCGGCGGCGGAGACGAGGGGCGGGAGGCGCUGGAUCUCGCCGUAACGGAAGCCCCUGGAGCCGCUGACUAACAGACCCUGCCUGGACAGCCGCCAGCAUGAGGCAUUUAUCCGCAGUAUAUUGUCCAGACCCUUCCGAGUGCCAAUACCGGACUUCAAGGGUGGUUUGGGUCUGCGGUCGCUAGGGAUUAAAAAAGCCGGAGUACGGAGAGCGCUCCAUGAUCCUGAUGAUGAGGGGGCACUGGUUUCUAUAACGAACCCCCCAAGUCUGAGCGCCCAUGAUCAGCUGAAAAUAGAGAAAGAGAAGCUUCCGGUUCAUGUUGUGGUGGAUCCGGUGCUGGGGAAGAUCCUGCGGCCACAUCAGAGGGAGGGAGUAAAGUUCUUGUGGGAAUGUGUGACCGGCCGGCGUCUUCCCGGGAGUCACGGCUGCAUCAUGGCGGAUGAGAUGGGGCUGGGGAAGACCCUGCAGUGUAUUGCUCUGAUGUGGACCCUUCUCAGACAGAGCCCGGACUGUAAGCCAGAAAUCGACAAGUCGGUGGUGGUGUGCCCGUCCAGCCUGGUCAAGAACUGGUUUAACGAGGUGGGGAAAUGGCUGCAGGGCAGGAUUCAGCCUCUGGCCAUCGAUGGCGGCUCCAAGCACGAGAUUGACCAGAAACUGACUGGAUUCAUGCAUCAGCGGGGGCUGCGGGUCCCGUCCCCGAUCCUCAUCAUUUCCUAUGAGACGUUCCGCCUACAUGCUGAUGUUCUUCACAAGGGAAGUGUUGGGCUGGUCAUCUGUGAUGAGGGCCACAGACUGAAGAACUCUGAGAACCAGACCUACCAGGCGCUGAACCAGCUGAAGACCCCUCGACGUGUCCUCAUCUCUGGGACCCCCAUUCAGAACGACCUUCUGGUAUUCAGUUUGGUCCACUUUGUCAAUGCCGGCAUCCUGGGGUGAGUGACCCCGUCAUGAACAGCCCAAGAGUUUAAGAAAAGGUUUGAAGUUCCCAUCUUAAAGGGGAGAGAUGCAGACGCCAGCCCUGCGGACCGCGAGAAAGGGGAGGAGAAGCUGAAGGAGCUCAUCAGUGUGGUAAACCGGUGUCUCAUUAGAAGGACUUCCGACAUCCUCUCCAAGUAUCUUCCUGUGAAGAUUGAACAGGUGGUUUGCUGCAGACUGACUCCUCUGCAGUCUGAACUCUACAAACUGUUCUUGAAGCAAGCGAAACCUGUGGAGGAGCUGACGUCCGGCAAGAUGAGCGUGUCCUCGCUGUCGUCCAUCACCUCGCUGAAGAAGCUGUGUAACCAUCCCGCUUUGGUCUAUGACAAGUGUGUGGAGGAAGAGGAAGGCUUCCAGGGGGCCCUCAGCCUCUUCCCCUCGGGGUACAGCACCAAGUCCGUGGAGCCUCAGUUAUCAGGUAAAAUGCUGGUGCUGGAUUAUAUACUGGCCGUAACCCGGAGCACGAGCAGCGACAAAGUCGUCCUGGUCUCUAACUACACUCAGACGCUCGACUUGUUUGAGAAACUCUGCAGAGCAAGAAGGUAUUUAUACGUCCGUCUCGAUGGAACGAUGUCCAUUAAGAAGCGAGCAAAGAUUGUAGAGAGAUUUAACAGUCCCUCGAGCCCCGAGUUUGUCUUCAUGCUGAGCAGCAAAGCUGGAGGCUGUGGUCUCAAUCUCAUUGGAGCAAAUAGGCUGGUGAUGUUUGACCCCGACUGGAACCCUGCCAACGACGAGCAAGCCAUGGCACGAGUGUGGAGGGACGGCCAGAGGAAGACUUGUUUCAUCUACCGGCUGCUCUCGACCGGCACUAUCGAGGAGAAGAUCUUCCAGCGUCAGGCACAUAAGAAGGCUCUGAGCAGCUGUGUGGUGGACGAGGAGCAGGACGUGGAGAGACAUUUCUCUGUUGGAGAACUGAAGGAGCUCUUCACCCUUAAUGAGGACACUGCCAGCGACACUCAUGAGAGGUUCAGAUGCCGUCGGUGUGUGAAUGGACGGCAGGUGCGGCCUCCCCCGGACGGUACUGACUGCACCUCGGACUUGUCGCAGUGGAAUCACUGUGCAGAUAAGCGCGGGCUGCAGGACCCGGUGCUCGUGGCGGCCUGGGAUGCUGCAGUCACAUUCACAUUUCACCAGCGGUCACAUGAAGAGCAGCGUGGACUCUUAUAGCAGUACUGUCUACUCUCUGGAGAUGUGUGGGGGAUGGAGCUGCCUCCGUUUCACACUUGGCUGUUGCUGGAACCUCAAUGUGCUGGUCGCAGGGUUUGGUGGAACAUUUGCAUUGUGUACACAAAUAUAAAUAUUUUUUUUCUCCUUGAAGUGGAUAAAAUGGGUAUAAAAGGCAGACGUCUCAUCCAUAGUAUGCAGCAGGGCUCCGCUGGCCCUCACACCCUGGGGAUGGUAGAGCCGAUAGUGGCAGGAGCACCAGAAUGAUGACCACGAGGUUUAGGGUCUUUCCCGAUGACCCCCAUCUCGUUGGUUUUCUGUACAGUACAAGCCUCACUUCACAUUCUGCUGC